GCGCACGAGCAAUAGGUGAUUGAACUAGCUGUCAGUUUGUCAAUUGUUACUGUUGAUUUUAUUAUUGAAAUCAAAUUUUUUACUUGAAAAUAUAUUAAAAUAAUGUCCAGACAAAAAGAAAACUAUUGGUCAACAUAUGGAUUUCGUAUAAUCAUUAGCACUGCAUCGCAUCCUUUAGAAUACGCCAAAGUGUUAAUACAGAUUGGGUAUGAACCAUUUCCACCAAAACCCGCAACAUCGCUUCUAGGAAAACCUGUUUUAAAAUUACCAAAUAUAUUUGAAUAUGUGAAACAUAUAAAAACCGUUGAUGGAUUUUCGGGUUGUUAUCGGGGUUUAGUACCAAAAAUUCUUGGAAAUACAGUUGGUGCAUUAGCUAGUCAAAAAGUUUUGGAUAGUUUUGACUUUGACAAACCAAUUGAUAGCCAAGACGAUAACAGAACAGAAGCCGAAAAAGAACGAGAUCGUUAUGUUAAGACAUUAACAAAAGAAGUUGUUAGUCGGUUUACAGCUAUCGUAUUUAGCCAGCCAUUUCAUGUAAUAACAAUUAGAAUGAUGGCACAAUUUGUUGGUGGUGAGACAAAAUAUAAUGGGGUAUUUGGUUCAGUUAGAGAGAUAUACAGAGAAAAUGGUUUAUCUGGAUUUUUUAGUGGUUUAAUACCUCGAGUUUUGGGAGAUAUUAUUUCACUAUGUCUAGCUAGUAGUUUAAUUUACUGUGUAAAUACAUACCUUUUGGAAGACAAAGAAUUACAGAUGUACACCUCCGUAUCUAUGUCGUUCUUAGCCAGCACACUUACAUACCCAUUCUUGUUAAUAUCAAAUUGCAUGGCAGUUACAGGAUCAGGAUUGGCAGCUGGAGCACCACCAUAUAUGCCUGUGUACACAUCGUGGGUGGAUUGCUGGUCACAUUUAUCACGUACUGGUCAAAUGAAGAGAGGUUCAAGUCUUCUUGUACGUUAUUAUAAUGGUCCUCAAGUAGUUAUUAAUGGACGUGCUGUUCCAAUUAAUAUUGAUGGAAAGAAUUAUUAAAGAAACAAAUUCUACAAUUCGUUUGUACUACUAUUAUAUUGGUUUAUAUUUUUUGUUAAUACAAUGUAUUUUAAUGA